AUUAGACCCUGAACUAUAACUAUUUUUCCAUACUCAAAUAAUUUUUUCCAUAAACCCUACCCAGUCCGAUCCAAUUAACUGUUGAAAUAGAUGUUGGGUUCCAAAUCCAUGUACAUAUUUGACCCAAAACACUGUCGGGUCUUUAUUGAUUGAGAAAAGCGGCGGUGUCUGCGUGAUUAAUCGCGACGGCGAUGAAGUACUUGUUGUUGAUCCCGAUUCCGAUAAUUUCACUCGCGCUGUUAUCAGCCGUUGAUUGCGCUUCAAACGGCGUAGGGGAAUGGCAGAUCCUCACCAAACUGAACUACUCUUCUCAGAUCCGUCGCCACCCUCACACCCUCCUCCUCGUCACCGUCCCAUGGUGCGGCGAGUCCCGGUCCCUUAUGAGGGAAGUGUCCCGAUUGGUUGUAGAUAAGUCAACGGAGUUUGACUCUUUGAAAUUUAUGUUAAUUCAUAGGAACAUGGAGAAAACGUUGGCCGAUUCCAUUGGUGCUUCGGAUGGGAUAACGGUUCUUUAUUAUGAUCACUCCGUAUCGUAUAAGUACCAAGGGAAGCUUCGAGCUCGAAAUAUAUUAAACUCUAUUCAUCCUUAUAUAUCAGUUGCUUCACCUGAAGAACUUCCUUUAAAGCCCCUUAAUUCUCAGGAGGAACUGGAAAUGUUUCUAAACUCAACUGACAAAGCUUUGAUUUUAGCUGAAUUUUGCGGUUGGUCACCCAAGUUAGUCGAUAAGGUGAAAAACAAUGGGACUGGAACUGAUUUGACGCUUAAGGAAGUGGGAAGUGGGAUGCUGAAAUGUGAUGUGGAAAAUGGGAUCGGUGGGAUUCCUUGGAUUACUGGGUUUAGCAUGGUAGAUGACCAAGUGUCUUUAACGGAGAGUGAAAAUAUGGAACUUGGUCUUGGGUUGAACUGUACCUUAAAAGAGUAUAAGCAAUUUGAUUCAUUUUUCUCGAAGUUGAUUCCUGUUAGACGAGAGUUCUUAGUUUCUCAAGAAAGACUUAGAUUUGGGUUGAUUUCUAAUACAUCAUUGGUGUCGUCUCUUGGCGUUGAAGAUUCUGGUACAUGGAUGGCAGUGCUGUACUUCAAAGGAUGCCCUGGCUGUUCAAAGGUUAUUAAAGAUGAGGAAGAGCUCAAGAAUGCCCUCAUGACAGACAAUUCAGUUGUUCGCGAGCUAGAAUUUGUUGGCCAAGAUCUUCCGCUUGCUUUACCUGGAAAUAGGCCAUCAGUAAUUCUUUUUGUGGAUAGAUCAUCUCAGACAUCAGAAACUAGAAGAAAAAGUAGGGAAGCUCUUGAUGCGUUUAGAGAAGUAGCACUUCACCACCAGAUAUCAGAUUGGGUGAGUUCACAAAAUACUGAUCAUAAAGAAAAGUCAUCACUCCUAGCUUAUAAGGGUACAACAGGACAUCCAAGCCUACAGCUUUCUGAAACUGCUCAGAAGAUUAAGUUGAAGGAUAGGAUGUCAUUCAUGAUUAUAAAUGAGGGUAAGCAUGUUGCUCUGGAUAAUUUAGCUUCAGAUUUUCAAGGUAAAUCUUUGCAAGAGAUCUUAACUUAUCUUCUUCAGAGAAAGAAGGAAUCGAAAUUGAGUUCACUUGCAAAGGAAUUAGGCUUUCGUCUUUUAUCAGAGGAUCUUGACAUCAAAACAGCCCAGGAAGUACCAUCACAAAUAGAAGGCCAAUCUAAUGAUGUCUCACCAUCACCAUCCCAGAAAGUUUCUUUAAUUGAUAUUGUUGAUCCACACAGUAUACCAAUGGAAAGUGAGUCUGGUUUGGUGAGUGAGGAAAAACCAAAAUCAAUUGGUGUGGAAGUUGAAGCUUCUUCUCAAUACAAGGAGGAUGAGGAAAUUUCUUCCGAUAAAAGUAAACUUUUCAUAUCUAUAGAAACUGACAAACUUUUGGAAGGUCUUCAGCUUGAUAUAGCGGGGGAUUUGAAGGCAAAAGAGAAAAUUUCUUCAGAGAUAGACAAGUCUGGGGAACAAGAACCUCAUGUUCUAGAGUUUAAUGGUUCUUUUUUCUUAUGUGAUGAUAACUCUCGGCUACUUGAAUCUUUGACUGGUGGGUUAACAAUUCCGUCGUUGGUUUUAGUUGAUCCUGGGUCUCAGCACCAUUAUGUCUACCCUGAAGAGGCAAUUUUCAGUUAUUUUUCAAUUUCUAAAUUUCUUCUUGACUAUCUUAAUGGAAGUCUUGUUCCAUAUCAACGCUCUGUGCCCCCUGUCCACAGCCCCAGGGAGUCUACUUCUCCUCCAUUUGUUAAUCUCGAUUUUCAUGAAAUGGAUUCCAUCCCUCAAGUUAUGAUGCAUACAUUGUCCAAGCUUGUUUUCGGGUCUAACGGAUCUAACAGUGGAACUUCCGCCCAUGCUCGCAGUGAGGAUGUUGUGGUACUUUUUAGUAGUAAUUGGUGUGGCUUUUGCCAGAGAAUGGAGUUGGUUGUUCGUGAAGUAUAUCGGGCCAUAACGGGUUACAUGAAAAUGAUGAAGAGUGCCUCUGGGAAAGAGCAAACAGUGUUUGAUGCUGACAACUCGAUGAAUAAUAUGAAACUUCCACUCAUCUACCUGAUGGAUUGCACAUUGAACGACUGCAGUUUAAUCCUAAAAUCAGUAAACCAGAGGGAAGUUUAUCCUGCUCUGAUGUUAUUCCCAGCUGAAACUGAAGCAGUUAUCUCUUACAAUGGAGAUGUGUCAGUAGCUAAUAUAAUCAAGUUUAUAGCUCAUCAUGGAAGUAAUUCCCAUCAUCUCUAUGGUGAGAAAGGAAUUUUAUUGACGACCGCUGAAGCUGUGAAGAAUCAGGCUAUACUCCCGGAUUCUUCUGGAGUUUCAGCUAAUGAAGAAGGUCAAUUUCCAAAGGACAAAUUUCAUGAAGUUAUAUUGAAAAAUCAGAACCCAAAACGAGUUGCCUAUUCGAAAUACAACGGGGGCAAGUCGAGGUCGCCCAUGUCAGUUGGCUCACAUAAAGCAACAUUCAAGGUGGUUGUCGGUUCAAUCCUUACUGCCACCGAUAAACUUCUCGAGGUCAUCCCAUUCGAUAACUCAAAGAUUAUCAUUGUGAAGGUGGAUGAAGAAACUGGAUUUCAGGGUUUGAUAUUUAACAAGCAAAUCAGAUGGGAUGCUCUAGAUGAACUCGAAGAAGGGUUAGAGUUCCUAAAAGAGGCUCCUGUGUCUUUCGGAGGCCCGGUUUUAAGACGUGGGAUGCCCUUUGUUACUUUAAGUAGGAGAGUUAGUGAAGUGCAGUACGUUGAAGUACUUCCAGGUAUCUACUUCCUUGACCAAUUUGCCACGGUUGCUAAUAUCGAAAAGCUAAAGGCUGGAAAUCAGUCGAUGAGCGACUACUGGUUUUUCUUUGGUUACACGGGUUGGGGCUGGCACCAACUGAUUCAGGAGAUUAGGGAAGGUGCUUGGACUGUAAGCGAUGAUAAUGAGAGCUUAGAUUGGCCGUUGAAUUGAGAGUAUUUCGAAUAUCAAAGGUAGUUGGACUUGUACGGAAAGAAUGGAAAUGGAAAAAAAGGGGAAACAUUUCUUGGCUAAGCUUGUAAAUAUGAGAUUUUUGUAGUUCACUUUCUCUUGUAACAAUAUUUGGGAUUGUAUUUUUGAAAUUUUGGAUUUCAUUUUUCUACAAAGGUUUUCUGAAUGAUGCUCA